AUGUUGUUGUUGGUGGAGGUAGGAGUGGCGGACGAGGGAGACUUGCUGGCGCUGGAUGGAGCUGCUGCGGAGGACGAUGCAGUCGCUGGUAUCGAGGCUGUAGAAGUUGUUGUUGAUGUUGAUGACGAUGUCGAGGUGGAUGUUGCGGAGUUUGGUGUGAUCACUUCAAUCGUUACUGUCGUGGUCACUUGUGUGAUUGGAGACUGUGUAGGAGACUGUUUUCCCUUCUUCUUUGUCUGUUUGGUUGUUGUUGGUUGUUGUUGUUGUGGAGCCGAUGAUGAUGGGCUCUGCUUCUUUGUGUCCUGCUUCUUUGAAUGA